UCUCUCUCUAGUUCUUUCAAGUGUGGAGCCCAUAGCUGGACCUUUGCUUUGCUGGCUUCAAGGCAAGUUCUCCAUUGUUGCUCUUUUUAUGGGACUUCUCCUCUCAGUUCAGAGAUAAAUCGUAAGGAAACAAAAAAAGCUUCAAACUUUCUCCAAACUUUCACACUCUUCAAUUUUCAAUUCUCUCUUUCAUGCACCACUCUUUCUUCUUCUUUUUCUUCUUCUUGAACGGUUUCCUACCCUUUUAUUUUGCUCCUAAACUAAACCUUCCAAGAAAAAGACCCACUUUUGUUCCUUUGAUGGAUCCACAGAUCUAAUGAUUUCACACACACUCUCUACUUCCCUCUUCACCUUGAAUAGUUUGUAAUAAUCAAUAGUCAAUUGUAGGUUUGUUGUGCAUCAACAUAAUCAUCAUCACUGUGGUGGACUAGUGAGGAGUGCAGGACUGUGUGUAUCUACAGUGUAUGAAAAUUCUGGGGUUGGAACUUGUUUUUUGGGGUAGUUGAUCGAUGCGGAAAUCCUUGACGGUUGUUUGGUGAAAUGAGGGAUGUUAUCGGAGUUGAUGAACUUUUUGAGGGCCUGCUUUCAGCCAGGUUCGGAUGGAAUUGCACGCUCAGGUUCAGAUGCUGGAGGUAGACAGGAUGGGCUUUUGUGGUACAAGGACUCGGGGCAGCACUCGAAUGGUGAAUUUUCAAUGGCUGUAGUCCAAGCCAAUAACUUGCUGGAAGAUCAGAGCCAGAUUGAAUCAGGCAGUUUGUGCUCCAAUGAAUCUGGCCCUUAUGGUACCUUCAUUGGUGUCUAUGAUGGGCAUGGAGGGCCUGAGACAUCGCGGUUUAUCAACAAUCACCUAUUUCCCCAUCUCAAGAGAUUUACUUCAGAGCAACAAUCAAUGUCAGCAGAUGUAAUUCGCAAGGCACUCCAAGCAACAGAAGAGGGGUUUACGUCAGUGGUCGCUAGACAGUGGGCAAUAACACCACAAAUUGCGGCUGUUGGGUCAUGCUGUCUGGUUGGUGUUAUUUGUAAUGGAACCCUUUAUAUAGCAAAUCUUGGGGAUUCCCGGGCUGUUUUGGGAAGAGCAGUCAAGGCAACUGGUGAGGUUUUAGCCAUGCAAUUAUCAACAGAGCACAAUGCAUCAAUAGAGUCUAUAAGACAGGAGCUGCAUUCUUUGCACCCUGAUGAUCCAAACAUUGUUGUCUUAAAGCAUAAUGUAUGGCGUGUGAAGGGCCUUAUUCAAGUUUCUAGAUCUAUUGGUGAUGUAUAUUUGAAAAAGGCUGAGUUCAAUAGAGAACCACUAUAUUCUAAGUUUCGACUUCGUGAGCCAUUCAAGAGGCCAAUACUGAGCUCAGAACCAUCAAUAUCAGUGCAUCAUUUGCAGCCAGUUGAUCAAUUUAUUAUAUUUGCAUCUGAUGGACUCUGGGAGCACCUUAGCAAUCAAGAAGCAGUUGAUAUAGUUCAAAACAAUCCCCGCUAUGGAAGUGCAAGGAGGCUGGUAAAAACUGCACUUCAAGAAGCAGCAAAGAAGAGAGAAAUGAGGUAUUCAGAUCUAAAGAAAAUCGACCGUGGAGUUCGUCGACAUUUCCAUGAUGAUAUCACAGUCAUUGUUGUGUAUCUUGACUCAAAUGUCAUGAGCAGGGCAAGCACUGUGAAGUUUCCUAGUAUUUCUGUGAGAGGGGGUGGUAUCAACCUGCCUCAUAACACACUGGCACCUUGUACCACACCAACAUAGAUAGGUGCUACCUCAUCUAAAGUUGUAUCUUUUUUCUUUUUCUUUGUUGUAUCAUUUUCUUGUGUGAAUACAAGUUAUCUUCAAAUAGCAAUCAGAGGAGCAGCACUUCAAUUCUUUGAAUGUGAACUGUUACUUACUAGAAUACUAAUACUCAUGUUUAGGUUUUUGUUUUUUCUUUUUCUUUUUCUUUUCUCCCUCAAACCAAGAGAACAGAAGAGAUAUUCUGAUGACCAUUAUAAGAGUUGCCUUGGCACCAUUUUAUCUUUUUACUUUGUUCACUUACAUAUCCUUUUCACCAUUACAAUUUGUGAUUUAGAAACUGUUGCUAUCUUGCAUUGCAGAGUAUGUUCUUUUUAGCCUUCAGGUGCUGGAGAGUGGAUACAGUAAAAUUACCAUGCAAAUG